AUGUUCGAAAAGAAAUUCCUCUUCCUGCAGCUGGUCCUCUACUCCAUCCGCCUCUAUGGCAAUGUCAUCCGUCGCUCCGUCUCGAAUUCCCUCCGCCGUUUGCUCCACCGAGUCCUGGGCACGAAAGCCCCACCGCCCGCCGAGCGAAAAGGGUCGAUUGUCAUCGUCGGGGCCUCCUUUGCAGGAUACCAUGCGGCUCAUGUAAUAUCGACUUCCCUACCGCCGGACAGUCCGUACGAUGUCGUCGUCAUCGAGCCCAACAGCCAUUUCCAAUUCACCUGGGUCCUUCCGCGUUUUUCCGUCGUGGAAGGUCACGAGCGCAAAGCAUUCAUCCCCUACGGGCCGUAUCUGGAGGGAGCUCCGGAAGGCCUGGUCCGCUGGAUUCGGGACCGGGUGGUGAGGGUUGACCGGAACACCGUCCGUCUCGGCGGGGGAGAAGAAAUACCGUACGCCUUUCUGAUUCUAGCCACGGGAUCUGCGCAGCAGAAUAACACGCUUCCGUCGCGUGUCGGCGCAGAGGACAUUGCAACCGGGGUAGGGAAGCUGCGAGGACUGCAGACGCGCAUCCGCGAGGCCAACCGGGUUGUGGUACUCGGGGGAGGCGCUGCGGGGGUGGAGCUUGCUGCUGAUACCAAGGAGCUCUACCCUCACAAGGAGGUGAUCCUGGUUCACUCGCGUGAUGCAGUCAUGCACCGAUUCGGUCCGGAACUGCAGGCGGCAGCACUGGAGGGCCUGCAGCGUCUAGGGGUCGAGGUGAUUCUCCAGGAGAGGGCUAGCAGGGACGCGUUAAACGGCAGCGGGGAGUGUCUGUUGUUGGGCUCAGGGCGAGUGCUCAAGUGCGAUUGUGUGGUCGAUUGCACCGGCCAAAAACCCAUGUCACACCUGCUCGCAGAACUCAGUCCACAAACAAUCUCCGAGUCAGGACAUGUCCGUGUUCGUCCUACGAUGCAAAUCGCCGACAGCAGGCUGGCCAAUGUCUAUGCCUGCGGUGAUGUGAUUCAGAACGGGUCGCGCAACCCCAAUGCUCGUACCGCAAUGAAACAAGCCAUGAUUGCUGCAGAUAAUGUCCUUCUGGCGGCGCUGGGCCAGACACCGCGAUACCAAUACAAGCCGCAUUGGGCUGACGGAGUAAUCAAGUUGACUCUGGGGCUGACAAAAUCCGUCACGCACUUUGGCGGCAAUGAAGUCGAGCUUUUGUUCCCCGGGACGGAGACGGACCUGGCUUUGAUGUGCGACGGGGCGUGGAGGGCAUUCGGAGCAGUUCCGUUCGACGAUUCUGCUGGUUAUUAA